GUUCAAACCAUUCUCCAACGCAAGCUCUUUCCUCACCGUUCAGUUUUGGGGGAUUUUCAUACACAGCCAUUAUGAAUGGAACUAGUUUAAACGGCCAGGAGCGUGGUGAGUACUCUGAGAUACCCCCUCCGGCUCCUCCAGCAGAUGAUCCCCCUCCGCCACCGCCGAUGGAGGUAGAUGGCGCUGCUCCUCCUCCUCCUACAGAUAUCGAACCCCCUCCACCACCUGAGGAGUUCUUUCCUCCGCCUCCUCCGCCUGCAGCUACAGUUGUCAAGAAGAAGAAAUCCGGUUGGAGCUCUUCAAAAGCCCAACCGUUGAGUGUUGAAGAGCUUGUACGGAAGAAGAGAGAGGCCGACGCGGCGGCUUCCAAGCCCAAGUUUCUUUCCCGGGCCGAGCGCGAACGCCUUGCAGUAGAAAAACGUGCCAAAGAAGUCGAAGCGGAGCGACGGGCGAAAAUCGAACAGAGUCGAUCAGCGAACGGCUCAAGCCGGCAGAACGGUGGAAGUGCUACAAGUUCGGAUACCGUGCCAACGAAUGGCGACUCUAGGUCUAUUCCCACCGGACCACGCGCGUUUCGUGGUGGGGAGAUUCCAACUGGCCCUGCUGCCAUGCGCAAUUCCCACAAUAGAGACUACGAUAUGUCCCCGCCACCUCCCCCGAAACGGAUCGCAUUUGGCAAAGAUGACUCCAAAGGCGAUAAAAAGGUUUCGGAGGAGGAAGCAGAGGCAACACUGAUUCGGCAACGAUAUAUGGGUGCAGACCAAACGUCCAGCUUCUCGGCAAAGAAAAAACGGAAGCGUACUACAGAGAGGAAAUUCAAUUUUGAAUGGAAUACUGAGGAAGACACCAGCAAAGACUACAAUCCUUUGUACCAGAACAAGGCGCAUGCCAAUUUCUUCGGACGAGGCCGUCUUGCCGGCUUUGGCGAUGAGGUGGUGGAUACUGCUACGAAGAAAUACGUUGAAGCAUUGGAAAGCCAUGAUCGAGAAGCAGGAACAGCUCGGGCGAGGGAGAUAUUGGAAAUGGAGCGAAGACGGAGAGAAGAGGGCAGCAGAAAUGCGAUUGAUAAGCACUGGAGCGAGAAACGACUGGAUCAGAUGCGCGAAAGGGACUGGCGCAUCUUCAAAGAAGACUUCAAUAUUAGCACCAAAGGAGGAAGUGUUCCUAAUCCUAUGCGAUCAUGGAAUGAAUCUGGGCUCCCGAGGAAGUUGCUUGAGCUAAUUAGCCAGGUUGGUUACACUGAUCCAACACCGAUUCAGAGGGCUGCUAUUCCGAUUGCCCUACAGUCAAGGGACCUUAUUGGUGUCGCUGUUACGGGUUCCGGUAAGACAGCCGCUUUCUUGCUUCCACUGUUGGUAUACAUCGCGGAGCUACCCCGGCUUGAUGAGUUCGAAUGGAGGAAGAACGAUGGUCCAUAUGCGAUUAUCCUAGCGCCCACACGUGAAUUAGCGCAACAGAUUGAGAUUGAGGCCAAGAAAUUUUCCAAGCCUCUCAAUUUCAAUGUUGUUAGUAUCGUUGGUGGCCAUUCUCUGGAGGAACAAGCGUACAGUCUACGGGAUGGCGCUGAGAUCAUCAUCGCUACUCCCGGUCGAUUGGUCGAUUGUCUAGAGAGACGCAUGCUAGUUCUAUCACAAUGCUGCUACGUCAUUAUGGAUGAAGCAGAUCGCAUGAUUGAUCUCGGUUUUGAAGAACCUGUCAAUAAGAUUCUCGACGCUCUUCCUGUAACGAAUGAAAAGCCCGAUACCGAAGAAGCAGAAGACGCGCGAGCAAUGAGUCAGCAUAUUAGCGGAAGAGAUAAUCGCUACCGACAGACAAUGAUGUAUACAGCUACGAUGCCGUCGGCAGUGGAACGAAUCGCCCGAAAGUAUCUACGUCGCCCUGCAAUUGUCACCAUUGGCAAUGUCGGGCAGGCCGUCGACACUAUCGAACAACGGGUCGAGUUCGUCUCCGGCGAAGACAAGCGAAAGAAGCGUCUUGCGGAUAUCCUUAUGUCGGGACAAUUCCAGCCACCUAUCAUCGUCUUCGUCAAUAUCAAGCGAAACUGUGACGCGGUUGCCAAGGAUAUCAAACGGCUGGGCUUUACUUCCGUCACACUGCACGGUAGCAAGACACAGGAUCAGCGUGAGGCUGCGCUGGCAUCGGUCCGCAAUGGAUCUACGGAUGUUCUGGUUGCUACGGAUCUGGCGGGCCGUGGUAUUGAUGUCCCUGAUGUGAGUUUGGUGGUCAACUUCAACAUGGCGACUAAUAUCGAGAGCUACACGCAUCGUAUUGGUCGUACGGGUCGUGCUGGCAAGAGCGGUGUCGCAAUUACGUUCCUGGGCACCGAGGACACUGAUGUUAUGUACGAUCUCAAGCAAAUGCUCAUGAAGUCGUCUAUAUCUCGGGUCCCCGAGGACCUGCGCAAGCACGAGGCGGCGCAAUCCAAGCCCACGCGCGGUGGCGGGGCCUCCAAACAGAGGGCGGAGGAGUCAAGUGGCUUUGGAGGCAAAGGAGGGUGGUGAGCUGGCUCUGGUUUUUCGAAUUGACCGGGGGCUGUAAUUGUACAAUAAAAAUAGCAAUUGCCAUACCACAAUUCCCAUGCUGCAAUAUUAAUUAGGAUUACAAACGUGGAGCGGCCAGACCGUGCCUCGGCGCUUUAUGAUUCGCGGCUCCCGAUUGGCUGAGACCUUUGACACCGCGACCUGGCCCAGGCUCGAGAGUGGCAGGAGAACUGAGUAUUCAAGAUGCAGUGUGAUACAGCUGCGAGUGUAAAUGUCAAUCUAAAUCUAAAU